AUGGCGGCGUUACGAUAUGUUGGCGUGUGUAGAUGCGUAAACCUAGGACGGCGUUUUAAGCCUGUAUUGACGACCACUGGUUGUCUGCCUUCAAAGCAUGAGGUAUUAGAAUUAACUGGUCAAACUUCACUUGUUGGACUUUUUCACCAACACAGGGGAAAAGGAUUCUUGGGUAGUGAAAGGAUCUGUGGGAACAAGCAUCUUCAUUCCAAGCAGUUUUCAACUGAUUCUGGACAUUACAGUUCAAACCCUAAAAAGAAAACUCUGUACUCACUGAUUAACAUUAAAUACAAGGGAAGUGAUGAAGCUGUGUUAAGGAGUUACACUAAGUUUAUGACAAUGGCUGCAGAACAUCUAGACAUUGAUAUCUCUAACAGAAUUUUGCUACCAAUAGCAAUUGAAAGGCACACACUUCUGAAAUCACCACACAUUAACAAGAAGCACAGAGCACAGUACGAGGUUCGGACACAUGGGCGCAUGUUACAGGUUAGGAAUGUAACCCAAGAAACAGCAGAUGUAUUCCUUGAGUACAUUCAGCGUAACAUACCAGAGGGAGUCAGUAUGAAAGUAGAACAAACAGAGCUGGAAUCAAUCUCAGACUACUUUGAGCUGCCUCCUGAAGCACAAGAAUUCCUCAAACAACAGGAAAGCAAUCAAAGGACAACAUAAUAAUUUUACUUCUGAUCACACCUCAUACUGAGAGCAAUCAACUUUUGCUGAAUAUUGUGUAUAGUUGUGAAGGAAAUCAGUUUCAAAUAUAACAGUAACCUAAAGAGCUGGGUGUCACAUAUAACUAGCACUUUCUUAUAAAAUAUUUCUACCAUUAGUAGGAAGGUUGAAACACUUGUGGCAUUACUGUGAUGUACUACAACCAAAGAUACUGUGGACAUUAAAAUCAAAAUGAUAUUUAGAGUUGAAGACUGAGAAAUGUUGCAAUUUUAUUUUGAUUUCUAAAUACAAUAUGGAAUGUAUCUUUUGAGUACCUCAUAUUGAAGGCAAGAUUUCAAAAGUUGGGAUGCAAUCAUUUUAGUUAGCUAUUAUGAUGGGGCCAAAAAUUACUGUGUGACUUCAUUAAAAACAAGCCCUCAGCAGAUCUCAAACCCCAAGGCUAUUCAAUCUGGAGUCCCCAAGGCACUCAUCCUUACACCAAUUCAUCUUUCAUAACCAUGUGUUCACACUUCCUGAAAACUGUACCUGAUUUACUCAUAGAGUUGAGAGGGAAUUGAAAAAAA